GUUGAAAUGGCAAGCUACUCCAAAGCAGUCUGACUUCCUUGUAUCUCAAAUUAUGCGGCUAAUUUGGACUCAGGUAUCGUAGUACCAGUCUUUAUACUAGGUACUGUUUCAUUCACUGCGUCCAGGGCUAUUUACCACGUCCUAUAUGAAAUCAGUUCCUGGCAAUCAAAGCAUUUAUCACUUCAUCUGGGUCAUUCACACAAAAAAGAGAGAAUUGUCUAUCAGUGACUGUAAACUACGUCUUUCUACCCGUCUGGCCUGGUUUUCUUAGAGACUCUUGCCUCCCCUUGACAUGUCACAUCCGUCGUUUGUACUCCAUCUUUGUGUGUAUAGUAUGGGUUUGACCCCCCGUCUCCAUUCUCCCAUAUUUCGACACUCUUGUAUCAGGAAUCUUUCGUCUGCAUGAUCUAGGUCAUAGGCCUGCCUCCUCCAACCAUGGCUUCCACAUUUUCCGUUUUGGAGCACGUUUUCAAUCACAUCGUCUUGCCUCCAAAGCUACCGGGAAGCCAGGAUGAUGACAUUAGAGAAGUGGAAAAGAGCCUUCGAUUCCGCAUGAUCUUCGCGAUCCAGCAACUCAGGAGUCACUCCACAGAUGAUGUGACACCCACAUGGAGACGCGUCGCGGCAGCUUUAAAGUCUAGUAUUGUGAUGGACGAGAACGAGGCUGUCGACGAAAAGGUAAUUCUGGGCGAUUUUGAAAAUUUACAGCCUGGACAAACAAUCCUUCUGUACCUCAAGGAGCAGAACGCUGCUAUCCUUAUACGCCACACUCAGCAUGACACCGUAAAGUUCGAAGCAUUUGAGGCAUCGCCUCCGUCAGAGGUGGCUCUGGCCGCAAAAGGUGCCCUGGAAUGGGACUUUCCUACCGUCGCCGUGUCUCUUCCCCUCUCCAAGUUCCAGGAUCAAGAUCUGCAAGGGUCUCUGGCCAAAUUUCUUGCAAUGGCUGGUGUCGAACCUCUGGGAGAGUUUGCCGCGAAGGCACGGAAGGCCGGCGUUGAAAUCGCAGAAGAGCGCGACACCGUGGACCCUGCCCUCAUAACGGAAUUUGUGAUGACCAUUCUCGAGGUGAAUGGAUCUCCUGAUUGCCCCCCGUUACUUCGUAAACGUGUCAAGGAUGAUGUAUGCUGGGAAAAUGCGAAGAUACCAUGGCGUCGAUGUCCCCUUUGGCUAGUCUUGCGCGUAUCUGUGCAGCGCCUUCUUUACUUGGAACUGGGCGCCGAGUUGGGAAUGGUCAAUUACAAAUUCUUGAUGUGCUUCCUUUUGGCCCGCCUGCUGCUGGACUCUGCCGAAAAAUUGAACCCGCAUCUUUGCCAUCUUCUCAAAGCUAAGCUAUGCCGCCGCUUAGCCAAAUUGGAGACCUGCAAGAAAAACCUAACACCCUUCAAUCUCGAGAGAUACUGCCAUUUGUAUGGAUAUAUUGCCCCUUUCUGUCAGAAGGCAAUCGAUGCCGCUAAGCACGCUAUCGAUGCACAAUGGAGCUCCUUCCAAGAAAAGACCCAGCGAAGAAUACCGCUCCUUCCGUUUCGAGCGAAAGAGAACGACUUCCGUUUGUCCCUUCCAAAUAGCAGAUCUUAUUUCGAGAACCUCUUCGCCAAUACCCAGAAUAGAAACAAAUUGUUGCAACAUGAUACGACUCCGGGUUCGGUGAUCCUGAAGAAUUGCAUCAAUGAGGAUCUUGAAGCUUUGAUUUCGCGCCACUCUGAAAUAGCAGGCCUGGAGGUGAUCAUUGCGCUCACUGAUCAUAAGACCACAACCUCACGAAAGGAUGCAGAGGAUCUGUGCCUCAGCAUCUCAAGGCAGAUUAAAACAUACCUGCAGUCUGUUGGCGACUCAUAUGAUCGCAACACUGAACAAAUGGGCACCUUCAUGUUGAAUGUCUUUGAUCUAUGGGUUGACCUGAGCGAGUGCGCUACUGAUGCGUAUCCUCUCCUGUACGACUAUCGCCUAGUGUUCGAAUCGAAAAUGCUGGAUGUGCUCCUCCUGUCAACACCGAGGGACAUGGAGCGUCUAAAGAUCAUCCAAAAGUACCUCGACGAGCGAUACGAACUGGCUGGCCCAUCUGCAAUGACUAUCUUCACUGAUCCCAGACCAGGAUGCUUUGCAGAUCGUUAUUUUGAAACCAAUGAGGCAGAAUAUCUGCGAGAGCUUGAAGCGGACAUCGAAUCGGUGUCUAAAAAGCAGCGGGACGGCAAGGAAGCUGAGCUGGAAGCCCUCAAUAAGGAAUGGCAUGACCUAACUCAAAAAAUAAGCUCAAGUUCCUGUACCCAGCGACUGGCAGACAACGGCUCCCACGAUAUCCGUGGCUGUAGCCAUUGCUACUAUGUGAGACGUCGGAGGCGUCUAAAGAUCAAUGUCCAUGAAGACUUGCUUCCCUCUGAGAGUCCGGAUGCUAGAGCUCGACGCAGGUCUGUCGUAUUUGAGCUGGAUGCACCUAGCGCGUUCUCAGCAUAUCGUACCAUUACUUGGAUGAUAAUCAACAAAUUUUGCCUGCCAAAGGGCCGGUCUUUCAUGACUGGGCCAAAAUUAACGCCAUCUAAACCAGAAAUCAUGCUAUGUGAUUACUCUCCGCUGGCAAGAUUCAAUCGCAGAGAAAAGCCGAAAUCCUCGCUAGCAUCUACUACAAAAUCCUACUAUGAUACGCACUAUAAGACAACUCGCUUGCCGGCUCAACCUCACGAUGUGCUACUACCUAACCCGUUGAAGCUCGGGUACUAUAGCUCAGUCUGCAAGAUCUGGGCUCGCGAUCUUCCAGAACGACUAAGCCUGGCUCAUAAUUUCCACAUAGUCUUGCCAACCAGUCUCCCGUUGUCUGGCCUUUAUUCUUCCCCUGAAUUUGCAGCGGAUGGGCCUGGUCCGUCAUCUUACCGGACUAUUGCAGACAUAACGAAAUGUCCACCCGCGCGGACAGUGCACGAGUUUAUGGCACAUCAUAGUCUUUUCUCGGGCACCACUCGCAGAUGGUUGUCCAUUCUCGCUGAGCUCGGCUCAUCUAAUAUGAACUUCAGCCUUCAAGACACUAUGGAGCUCUUCCGUCACAUUGUUCUCCAGGCAGGGCCCCAGCUCAGAAAUGACAUGCUUCGGGCUGUCCAUGUCAUUUUCAAGGACCGGGAAUUUUGCGGUAGACUGAUUGAGCAGGUUGACCGGCAUGUUGAAGCCAUCUCCAAUAACUGGGGGGAGGGUUACUAUAUGGAAACCCUUUUGACACUGACAUUGCGAGUUUACUCACUUGGCCACGAGAGAAUUCUAGCCAAGGCAGACACUCUUCUUGCCAAGAUCCGAAAGAUCACACUGGCAUGGCUUGAUCUGAUACAAACGCUGCUCUGCCUGGAGUCCUACAUGCCAACAGAACUGAAGAACAUCUUCGAGGUCCUUCUUCACCAUGCAGUGGAACGACAUCCCGAGAGCCUCGAAGCUGCUAUUAGCACGGUUUGGCCGGAACCGCACGAAAGAUACCUUCUUAUGAGAGACUCCGAAGAGUUGAAAUUCUUGUUUGGCCCUGAGCGACUGCUCGCAUUCCCCUCAACCAUGCCCGGGAUGGAAGGAAAGCAAAUGGUGAUAAGAGCUGUCAGAUCUGACGCUGUCUUCGAAUACGUACCCCAACAUGUGUUUGGCCAUGGAAGCAACCUGGACCUACCUGGGUCGAUUGUUUACGACUCCAGACGAAAACCGGUUAUCUGGCGAGGAAGGGUGCGGACAAGUUACCUGGUUGACCCCCAUAGCCAGCUUUCCAAGAAAGUGGCACAGAUUUUCGACAAAUUCGAAUCCUCACUAGGGUUAACCCUGAAGCGCAUGGAUCUUGACUUUCGAGUGAACGGACGACGCUUACUGGAAUAUGCAGGUACCUUUUACGGAUUGCAAAGCAUGCUUGUGCUUCGAGACACGCAAAACCCUUUGAGGCGCAGCAUACUUAAAGGAGUCCACGUGCUCAUCCGUAAAGACAAUGAUACGCGCUACGGCAGAUACAUCAUUGAUGAUGCUCAACUACACGCAUACACGUCAUUCUCUCUGCAGUGUCUCCAAUCUGGGGGAUGUCAACCGUGGGAGCCUCUCAGGCUCCCCCAGCAGGAAGUGCUAGCGACGUUGGCUGCUUUGACCCCGCGGCGAUCAUACUAUCCAAAGGAGCUGGAAACCCAGCAAACUGUCACCUGGAAUCCACACUUGACCAUCACGAUUCAACAUGAAUCGUUCUUGUCCGUGGUCAACGGUAUCUUGAACAAAUCCCGGCGCUUGGCUGUCUUCAACCUUGACCCUACUUUAUCGAGCACCCAGCCUUCACCAAUGACCCAAAGUCAUCCUCUCCAAGAACGAGCUAAUUGGCGAAGACUCAUUUAUGAACGUCCAGGGAAGCUGAACAAAGAUCUCGCUCCUGUCCCUGAUAAACGUUACUGGGGUCGAAACGUCCGGGAAGCCACCGAACGGUCAUUGAAUGUUCGCGAGGUCGCGACCUUGUUACACGAGAAACUAGGGACGUGGCCGGUCAUAGGGGGGUAUACGAACACAUUCUCCCCGUCCUCUUUAGAGGAGUGCUUAAACAUGAAUAUUGGUGAAAACUGGGGAGCGCUGGUCAACUCAUGUCGAUAUUGUCCGCCACAAGGAGAAUCCUUUCGCAGCGAUGCUGACAUGGAGAUUAUUCGGACAUUGAUAUCUUUUUUCCUGUUAGAGGAACUUAAAUCUCUAUGGUAUCCCUGUGGCCAGUCUUUUGUCGGUGCUUUGGCAGCAGUUGUCAGACCAUGCUGUCAACCGUACAAUGAUAUCCCACUCCCAAAGAAGAAGCGAAACGAUCCAGAAGCGCUCAGAAUGGCUGAAUCACAGAGAGACGAUCACAACAAAGCGUGUGAUAAUAUAACUGAUGAUUUUGUGCAGUUCAUAAUCGAUCAAUGGCCAUGCCAAUCUCCCCACGUGGAUGAAUUCUCUGGAUCCCUCCUUGACAAAAGCCAAGCCUUAGAGGCUGUUCUUCCAGAAUGGCGUCGGAUAUACGAUAACACGGAAUUCCAACAUCACAUGGAGCUAGUAGAGAGUCCCGCCAGGCCUGAGGCGCAGUUAUAUGAGCCUGUCAAAGCUAACACAUAUUCCCUUCCGCGUUCGGGCACUGAGCUGGUUCAAAAAGAAUACAAAGUGCGGUCUUUUUCUUUCCAGUUAGAUGGGUUGUGUGCAGAUAUGAACCACCUGACGCUUGAAGCUGUUGUAGACAGCCUGGCAGAAUCGAAGUCGUCCAAGAGCAUCAUGGCGUUGAAAACGAUCAGACCAGGUCCAGUGUCUGGCGUAAGAGGGUAUGAUGACUUUGAUCGCGAAAUAGCAGACGCCCGCUAUGUGGUCAACCAGAGCCAUAAUAAACUAUGCGCCUCGUUCACGCACAACGACGACAGAUAUCAUUGGCUCCAACAAGGAAUGCUGUGGCCUUGCACUACGUCUGUCGCAGUCCUUGAGCAAUUGCGAUCUACCCACCGCCAUUAUUACGGGCCGAACAUGAAGGAGGCGCUCGUGCUGUAUGCGCAGGCUAUCGGGGACUUGCAGCGUCUUCUUCGGGUCAACGAUGCCCUGAAGAGAAAAGACAAUAGGAAGUUAGCUCAGGAACAGAAUAGCUCAAGCCACAUAAACUGGGAGCCAAUCCGGUUUCCAGACUGGCUGCUAUUGGAGAUUGACUCCAACAUACGCAUCCGCGAGGAUCAAGUCGAUGUUGCCUUGGAGAUGAUAUGCCCAUCAUCUGGUUCAAACACUGCUUUGCAGAUGAACAUGGGCCAGGGGAAAACGUCCGUCAUAAUGGCCAUGCUUGCAUGCGUUUUUGCCAAUGGGUCAAUGCUGAGCAGGUUCGUUGUUCCGCGGUCAUUGUUGACGCAGACGGUGGAGAUCCUUCAAUCUAGACUUGGGGGUCUCGUGGGAAAAGAGAUCACCCAUGUACCCUUCUCCCGGAGGACCCCGAUUUCACCUGGCCUUCUUCAGGAAUAUCGGCAGUUGCAUGAAGACAUGCUACGCAGUUCAGGCAUUGUCCUGGAUAUCCCAGAGCAUGUCCUUUCAUUCGGACUUAGCGGGCUACAAGGAGUCUCAGAUUUCAAGAUGGACCAGGCAACGGAGAUGGUGGCGACCUCGCGCUGGAUGAGUGAAGUGUGUCGGGAUGUCCUUGACGAGUGCGACUUUACCUUGGCUGUGAGGACCCAGCUUAUCUACCCAAGUGGCUCACAGCUGUCGGUCGAUGGCCAUCCUCGUCGAUGGGAAGUUAUGGAGACUAUCUUGACUUUGGUCGUUGAUCACCUCCGAGAUCUUUCUAAGGAUUUUCCACACAGCGUCGAUGUCGUCGAGCGCGCAGGAACUGGAUUCCCAAUGGCUUAUUUCUUGCGAAAAGAUGUAGAGCACGCUCUGAUAAGCAGACUAGUGGAUGAUGUCUGCAGUGGCCGGUUGCUCCUUGUGCCAAUCCAUGACUGUACCAACGAAGAGCAGCUGAUGAUUCGGGACUUCAUAUCGAAAGAAGUUGUCACGCAGUCUGUGUCUGAUCGCGUGGCAGAGCUAUUUUCAGGCACCCUGUAUGCUAGGAAGGUCGUUUAUCUUCUCCGUGGAUUGUUUGUUCACGGUAUCCUAUUACUGUGUCUGAAAAAGAGGUGGAACGUUCAAUAUGGCCUUCACCACGGACGAGACCCUAUCGCGGUUCCGUUCCGUGCGAAGGGUGUUCCUUCUGACCAGGCUGAGUGGGGUCACCCCGAUGUGGCGAUUCUAUUCACCUGUUUAGCGUUAUAUUAUGAAGGUCUCACCGAACCACAGCUUGGACAGAGCUUACAGUGGAUCUUGAAAUCCGACGAUCCUGCGACUGAAUAUGAUCGGUGGACGCAAGCGUCCACGACAUUGCCUGAGGCUUUGCGACAUUGGAAUAUCAUCAACGUGGAUGAUAGCGCUCAAGUCACGGAGAUAUGGCGCCAUCUGCGGUUUACUGUCGUCGUGAUUAAUCAUUUCCUGAACAACUUUGUCUUCCCGGUUCAUGCCAAGCAGUUCAAUAUCAAAUUACAGACAUCUGGAUGGGACAUCCCCCUCAUAUCAUUCGACGAAGAAGAACAGCCCCAGGGCCCUCGGCCAAAUAGACCUGGUCUCACUACUGGUUUCAGCGGGACGAACGAUAAUCGGAGACUGCUUCCGCUCACCAUUGAGCAGCAGGACCUACCGGGUCUCUCACACACCAACGCGGAGGUCCUAACGUAUCUGUUACAAGAGCGAAACCGUCGCUACAUGCUUGCAGUAAAUGGGAAUGGGAAGAGGAUGACUGAAUCAGACUUGAUUGGUCUCCUGGCACGGUCCAACAUCCGGAUUCUCAUCGACGCAGGAGCCUUCGUGCUUGAAAUGGAUAACAGCCAAUUCGUUGAGACUUGGCUGAAGCAUGACAACGAGGCACAGGCUGCGGUGUUCUUUGGCGAGCACGAAAAGCCUUGGGUUUUGUACCGGAAUAGGAGGACUCCUAUUCCCCUACUGGCGACGCCGUUUGCCGAGAAUUUGGAGGGCUGUUUGGUUUACCUGGACGAAGCCCAUACACGAGGGACGGACUUAAAAUUGCCGGUUUGUGCCAAGGGAGCGUUGACGCUGGGUUUGAACCAGACGAAGGACCACACGGUUCAAGCGGCUAUGCGGCUUCGUCAAUUGGGUACGACACAGUCGGUUGUCUUUCUUGCGCCCCCUGAAGUUCACCAGAGCAUAUUGGAUACUUGCGACAAAGAGCCCAAUGACCAGAUUGAUUCUUCGCACGUCAUUACUUGGCUUCUUGAUCAGACUUGCCGCAACCUGGAAGAGUUGCAGCCUCUGUACUUUGCACAGGGUAUCAACUUCUGUCGCCGAAUGCAGGCGUCUCGGACUAACAGUAGAUUCUUAACGGACUCUCAUCAUAGAAAGAAUUAUCUGGAUAUCCUACAGCUACCGGAACAGCAGACCCUCGAAGAACUAUACCAGCCCAAAAUAGUUAGGGAGAGAGAGACCGAGUCCCCGAUACCUACCGAUGGAUCAGUACAUUGGAAGAUCAAGGGGUUUCUACAGAAACUGGCAGAAGGACAGAGGCAUGCAGAUUCUAUCUUCCGCAUAUCAACGUCUAUGCUGGAAGAAGUCGAGCAAGAACGAGAAGUGGCGUUCGAAGUCGAGGAAGAGAGACAAGUACAGCGCCCUCCCUCGUUCAUACCUCUCAGUUUCCCAGGCCUCGAUCAAAACAUCCUAGACUUCGUCAAUACAGGAUGUUUGCAGGGUCAGCGUGGAUACGUCAUGGCUUCCAAAUUCCUAGAAUCGACAGAGCUGGGGAUGAAAUACAAAAUCAGAGGCUCGGCCUUUCUCGCCCACUUGUUCGUUUCCUGGGAGUUCACCAGAACCGUCAAAAAGCACCGCACCAAAAAAAUGGAUAACAUGAUACGUCCCGUGAACUGGAUUCUCUGGAGCCCGCGCACAAGCACCGCUCUCGUUAUCAUCCCCGAAGAAGCUGAAGCCGUUAUCCCAAUCCUCCGCGAAGCGAACAACGACACCAACACCGACCCCAUCGUCCACCUCAUCCUCUACGCCGCGCCGGUAACAAAGCGAAUGCUUAACUUCAGUCACCUAAAGUACUUCGCUCUGCCAAGCCUCCCUCCAAGAUGGGAACCGCCUGCAUGGCUCCCGAUCGAGAUCGGCCUCCUCGCCGGCCGUCUCUAUUUCCACUACGCAGACUACCAACCCAUCAUGAACCACCUAAGUGUUAACAUAUUCAAACUGGCCCGGAUAGCCAGAACCCCAGAAGAAGCUGGGAGCAUACACCUGCACUCCCUUCUAGCUAGAAAGACCCUCGCCUUCCUGCACGAAUGGCUGUCCGUCCGCCGCUCCGGCCAGGACAUAUCUCAGACCCCGAUGGGAUACAUCUGCCAGGGAUGGCCACUCCGCGAAGACCACCCGUUCUUCCGCUCCCCGAGACUUAUCUCGAAUGAGGUGGGCACUUCAUCGUCCUCUUCAUCAUCUUCUCCCUCUGUUUUGCAACGCCGUGGGCGCCACCAUUAUGCCCCUGGGAAUCAUGCCGGUGAUGAUGAUGAUGACGACGGGGAAUAUGACAGUGCGAACGACGACGACGAAGACGACGACGCAACGAUGAUAACGAGUGACGAGGAGGAUAUGGGGAAAGAAAACCGUCCUAUUGUUAAUGAUUCAGAUUCAGAAAGUGUGAUGUUUGUAAGCCAGAAGAGUCUGUCUUGA